AACAUAUAUAUGUAUAUUUAAUUACACAUAUAAAAAAAAUUUAAUCAGUUAUCAAAAAAAAAAUUAAUUUCAAAUUUUUUUAUCAGAAAAAAACUCGUAAUCUAAUAAUUUAUGAAAUACUGGAGUGAAUUAGUACUUUGUAUGUAUAUAUAUUUCCAGGUUUUCAAUUUCGUUCAUCAGUCCAUCCGUUUUAUCCUCUCCAGUUAUUACUAGACAAUAUCCGCGAUAAGUCAAAUAAAAAAAUCAAUUACCUGUCAAUUAAUUAAUAGAACAUCUCCAAUGAAACCUUUUAUUAUUUUUUAAUUAACAAUUUGUCAUUAUUAAAUAAUUGCCUUCGGGAAUUAGCCAGUGGAUUUAUGUCAUAAAUGAACAGUUCAAAUAUUUUAUUUAUUGUCAACAAGUGAUUUUAUUAAAUAAACUGAGGAUUCAAAAUGAUGGACACUGACUUGGACUCCUGUUUAGACGAUUGGAAAGAUCUUACCAAAGAUUAUAAAGAACUUGAGGCAUUAAAUAGAGAAUAUAUUGCAAAAUUACAAGAAAUAUCAGAUCUCCAGACGAAAUGUCUAAAUGGAAUUUCUCAUCAGAGGUAUCGGAUGGGUGUGAUAUCAAAAUCUUUAAAACAAUUUUUAAAAGGCAGCGAAAUUAGACAACGCGUUAAAAAAGAGAUGCAGAAACGCGAAGAACAGUUACAUGAAAUGGAACAAACACUACCAAAGUCCAAUGGUACUUACUUAUCAAUAAUUCUUGGUAGUGUUAACGUUUCUAUUUUGAAUAAAAAUGAUAAAUUCAAAUACAAAGACGAGUAUGAAAAAUUUAAACUUGUGCUGUCAGUUAUUGGUUUUAUUUUAUCAGUCAUUAAUUUAUUUACUAACAUCAGAACAUUGGAACUGAGUUUUAUGUUCCUGCUGGUCUGGUAUUACUGCACAUUAACGAUACGUGAGAGCAUUUUAAAAGUAAACGGAUCGCGUAUAAAAGGCUGGUGGCGUUUCCAUCAUUUUUUAUCAACGGUAGUGUCAGGACUGUUGUUAGUUUGGCCAAACACCGGACCCUGGUACGCGUUCCGCGGGCAAUUCAUGUGGUUCAAUGUUUACAUAAGCUUCGUUCAAUAUUUACAAUUCAGAUAUCAACACGGGGUACUCUAUCGAUUAAAAGCACUUGGAGAACGUCACAACAUGGACAUAACGAUCGAGGGCUUCCACUCGUGGAUGUGGCGCGGAUUAUCUUUUCUUCUUCCAUUUUUAUUCAUAGGAUAUUUCUUUCAACUGUACAACGCCUACACACUUUACAGUCUCACGUCGCAUCCCGAAGCUACAUGGCACGUCUCCGUGCUGAGCUUCAUGUUCUUCAUUCUCUUUCUUGGCAACGCCAUCACGACUAUUCUUGUGAUACCACAGAAAUGGCAGGACCGUUUGACAAGUCGGUUGCCAAGUGUCUUUGCAUUUAAAUCCGACAGAAGAAAAAGUCUCGGUACCAAAUCGCCAGCUGAUGCAGUAACAGACAAAAGUCUCGGUACCAAAUCACCAGAUACGGAAGCGGAAAAACUAGAAAAAUCUGAGGAAACUCAACUUACUGAUAAAAAAAUUGAUUAAUUAAAUAUGAUCCUGAGUCAGUAGACGAUUAAUGAUUUUUGAAUUUUUUUUUCUACAAAUUAAUUAAAAAAAAAUGCGCAUAUAAAAAAAUUAAAAAACUAUAAGUGCAAUUUUAAAAAAAAAUCCAAAAAUUAUUAAACGUCGGCUAAUGUCAGUAUCAUUAAUUAAGUAAUUAAAGGAAUCUAGUUUUUUUUUUUUUAAUUAAAUAUACUCAUUAAGGGCAUU